CACAUUAGAUUUCGUGUUUUCCGUUGAGUUUUUAACUAAAAAUUAUUUUGCUUGUGAUUUCGUUUUAUGCAUGACCUAAUUUUAGUUUUUCUUGGACCUGUUUGUAUCUGAGUUUAACGGACUACCGAUCGUACAUCGGUUGUUAUUGCAAUGUCGUCAUAUAUUAGUGAUUUUAAUAACAACAUUCAGUCUUUCUUUAUAAGUAGCACCUAUGGAAAUGAGACGCUUGUUAGCAAUAGCUUACAACACUUGGCCCUCGUUGCGGACCAGCGGGUGUUUGAUCUGUCGGUGUACGAUAAUAAUGUCUUUUUCAUUAACCUGCACAAGCUGAUGAGCUCUGGCACGAAAAAGAUGUCCAUGUUGUGGUCGGCGGUGUCCGUGCUGGAAACUGUUGCCGCUAUGUGUGAGGAAACUCGUACGGCAUUAGUUCGAAACUUCCAUUACCUUCCCACGUUGACCAAAAUGUUGCAAGAAACUCACAACGGCGAACAACAGCAGAGGCUGUUGGCAUUGGUCGAGGUUCUAACGUAUGGCGUUCGUUUGGAAAGUCACGAACCGUAUGUCGAGACCUUGAUACUAAAACUUCUCGGUAUGAUUGAGCAGCAUCAGGAUCGCGGGGAGCUAGGAACAUUGGCCCUGUCGAUUUUGGUGAAUCUCUGCUAUAUGAACCUUCCGAUGACGUAUCUGUUGACCAAGAAUAUCGGCAUUUCGUCGUUUUGCGGUCAGAUCAAGCAGUUCGGUUUGGUUGCUUGUAAGAUGUAUAUUAUUCUGGAGAAAAACGACUACAUGAAGGAGAUGGAUUUGAAUUAUUUGCUAAAAAUGAGUUUCAAAGAGGUGAGGAAUGUAUUGACGUCUAGGAAUAGUAUUAUCUUGCGGCAUGUGGUAGAUUAUCUGCAGUACAUUCGACGGUGUAGUGCUGAUGAGACGUCGAAAGAAAACAGGCAGAACACGGUCAGCAUAAAGGAUAACUUUUUCCAAGAAAACUUGAAAGAAUUUCUGGAUGACAUCGGGAAAUAUGUCAGUGGCCUUUCCAAGGAAAAAGACAUCGUUCACACGAAAAAGAAACGAAGGGCCGAAGAAAAGUCCUCUAGUACUGUUUCCGAAGCUGACAAAGACGACUGCAUGGAUAUAUUGUUUGAAAUUUUGGAAUGCAUCGUUUCACUGGAAUCGGUUGAAGAAUCGUUCCUGAACCCGAUGGUUGAAGUAGCUCUGAUGUGGAUUCGUUCGAGGCAUAGCUGCUCGAAAGCGUUGGAUUUGCUGAGGGCGAUUCUUGAAAAACUAGCAAAAUCAGAAGGGCCAAGCGAAUGUCUAGCUUCAGUAUUGGAUUCAUGCCAAGCUGUGCUGACAGAAUUGAGAGAUGUAGUGCGAAAUAACGAUGAUUCGAAAUUGCUGAUCUCCAUCUGCAAACUACUGACCAUGAUAAUAAAACUGAGAAACACGUCCAGUUCGGAUCUGGAUAAUUUGGCUGAAUCAUUCUUUCGACAAAUUUUCGGACCUAUUUUGAACUCCAGCCAAUCGUUCAACUAUUCAUUGCCGGACAGUGAAAUUCGAGUGUACCUCUGGGCGUUACACACAUUUAAUGAGUUUGCAAAUGUCGCUCCUACGUUUUGGUACGCAAAGAUUGGCAACCUGCUGAAGCAGAAGCAAGUUCACUUUCUGAUCGCUAAAGGAUUAACCUCUAGUGAAAUCGAUCUAACAGAAGCCAUGCUGCACGUGUCUUCUUCGGUAGAUUUUCCUCGCAAGGAAGUAUCGCGGAUGGGUAGUAUGCUUAAUGCUGGUUGGCGUAACGUUUUGGCAGAGUCACAAAAACACAAUGUCGAUGAUGGUAGUAACGUUCGCAGCUUUCCCAACUCGGUAGCACUCAGUCGAGACUUUCUGGACCGAAUGAAUCGAACCGUAUCGCACAUACAUGACGCGGCCUCGUCUGGUCACAUUAACGAGCUAACUAACGUUGAACUGAUCGAGUUCUACAAUUUAAAAAUCAACAUAGAAUCUCAGCUGAUGGGGGACUUGCGUGCCAGUCUCGGCAGUAUGUCGGCUCAAAUCUGCACCCUGAAGCACCAGAACCAACUACUGAUGGCAGAAAUCGAAAAGGUCCAGCGGAAAAAUUUGCCCCUAGUGCUAAAAGUUUCUGCACAAGAAGCGGAAAAUCGGACGCUCGAGAAGGAACUGGGCAACAUAAAAAGUGCCACAGCAUCCUACGAUAAGAAAAUCAAUCAGAUGAAGCAGGAUCUGUCGGAUUACAUUCGAAAGGCUAGCGAAAAAUCACAACAGUGCGCAACUCUGGCCAAGGAAAUCGAAAGCUGUCGGGUGCGGAAUGAAAACUACGAAAAGGAGAACACGCGAUUGCAGCACGAUCUGGUGGAAAUGACUAAAAACCGUGACGACUCGCGUGCGCUGCUGCGAGUGUCCGAGGACACCUGCAAGAAGCUGAGCGAGCAGAAGGAUGCCGAUAAAAAAAUGUAUGAAACCAAGAUACGUGAGCGGGAGCGGGACAUUUCGAAACGCACCGAUCUGAUCGGGCAGCUGGAGCAGCAGCUUUCCCAACGGGACAGCGAUCUGACCCUGCAGGAGAGCAAAGUGAAGGAACUGCUGACGCAGAUUGCCGCCAAGGAUGAGCGGAUCGCUCAAAUCGAAGCGGAACUGAAGGAAAGCGAAAGCAUACAGAAGGCCAUUUACAGCUUGAUGAACAAAGGGAAGAAGUGAAUCAUCUCGCUUCAUAACAUUGCUGACUUGGGACUUUUUGUGAUUCACUUUUUGUGACUUUUAAUUAUUUCAAACAAAUUGUAAAAUAAUGCUACAAAUAAAUGCCAUCCAUUC